CAGUUCGAGUUGAGCCGUUUCGUGAACAGCACACAAAACGCGGAAGCUGCCUCAGCACUCUGAAGCAGUCUGUCAAGCCAAGCAGCGUUUGAAGGCGCCGCGUUCUGCAAUGCUUUCUAAUACUCUAGCGUCAAGGUGUGUGGCGUGCCUGUGUGUGUGAGAGACGGUGAGCUAGCGUCGAAGUGUGCGUGCGACUGCGAACGCUCUAUACAUGCGUGUGUGUGUGCGUGUAUGCGUGUGCGUGUGCGUGUAUGUGCGUGUGGGCCUUUGACCAAACAAAAACCCAGCUACUAAUAACAACGCACACCCAAUACGAACAGCAACUUUCAAGUGCCAAGCCAGAAGUGUUGAAAAUUAUACUCCAUUCUAAAAUUGCUAUCAAAGAGCCGCGCGUACAAACCCUCAAGUGCACAGAGUAUAACAUAGAGCAUAUAUAGUAUAUGUACACAAAUUGAUACAAGAGAUAACAUGUUGGUAGACUCACUAUAAGCCAGAUCGAAAGUGGACUCAGAGCAGUGCCUCGACCUGUGGCCUCGAUACAAAUAUAAUUCCCGUAACCGAAUCAGGCCAACAAAUAAACGAAACAAAUCGAGCAGCUUGAUAAUGGCCGCAGCUCCCACAAAAAGGAAAUGAAAUCAAAUCGCACAGGCGCUGUAAAUUGCACCCGGUGUUAAUUAAAGGCGAGCGAGCGGCCCCAAAAACCUUUUCUAGCCAUCUGACGGUAAGCGCUUCGCAGCCUACAAAUCAAUCACGCGAGGCUGAUGUGCAACAUGUAGUUCGUGCGACCGUGUUGCAUAUGCUAUAAGGACGAUUUCGUUAUACAAUGUCAAUGGCUAUUUACAUGCCGCAUGACAAAUGGCCAUUUGUAUUCAAUCAAAUUGAAGCGGGCACACAAUGGACAGCAGCAGCAACAGCAACAGCAGCAACAGCAACAGCAGCAACAGCAGCAACAGCAUCGGCAUCAACAAUGCAAUCCAAACAAAAAUGACUUAAAGCCGCUUAAGAGUGCAAAACAAACGAAACCGAAACGCACACAGAUACAGACACAGACACGAACACGUAGACGGACACAGGCGAAGCGAAACAAAACAAAAGCCGCAACAGCAUAAAUUGGAGCAGCCACGACCACGAGCGGCCAACGCGACGUAUGCGUGAUUAAUUGCAAUUUAAGUAGCAACGCGAAGCUCCGACAAAAUGUUGCCCACAAAUGUGAUGACGUUCAUGAAGAAGAUGGUGGCCACCGACGAGCAGGCGAACCAGGGGCAUACGCAUGCAACAGAUUCGGGCGGCGGCGCCUCGAACACGGGCGCCUUGAACAAAAUGAAGGCAACGCUCUCCUCGUCGCUGCUAACCGUGACAGAUAAAGUUAAUAAAAUGUCGCCACGCCCGUCGCUGGUGCCAACGGAUACGGACACCAGCGGCAUCUACGGCUCACCCAGCUAUCAGCAGCAGCAUCAGCAGCAGCAGCAGCAACAACAGCAGCAGCAGGAGGCCAGCAGCAAUCUGAACAACAACAAUAACAGCACGGGUGGCGGCGGUGGUGGCGCCGCGGCCAAACAGGAGCCCGGACGCCGAGCGGGCGCGUGUCGGGUGUGCCUCAAGUCCUUCAAGCCGGACGACUACCACAAGACGUGCUUCGAGUGCCAGCAGCGCGUGUGCGAGGAUUGCGCCAGCUACAGCAAGCUGGAUGAGCACGAGGAUGCGAACAUGUGGCGCUGCAGCGUUUGCCGGCGCAAGAUGGCCUCGCGCGUCUGUAUACCGCAGGACUCGACGGACUCCACACUGGAUGUGCCCGUGCUGGAGGCACUGCAGCGCCGGCACUCGGACGCCAAGCUGGGCAGCAGCACACAGACGCUGGCGCCCAGCAAUGGAGCUGCCCUGGCACCGCCGCGCAGUCCAGAGCUGCGACGCCAUUCAGACGUCUCACCUGCAUCGCUGAAGGAGCUGGAGCGCCAGCUGAAAGGCGGUCGCAGCAUGGCGCCCAGUCGCUCGAACAGCCCGCCGCGCGGUGGCGAACUGGAGCCCGCAUUCGGUGCGCCGCUCUCGCGGAUGCAGUCGCGGCGCGGCUCUCGGGUCUCGCGCCAGCACAGCUAUGACGACGACAUGAAGGCAGGCGGCGUGGGAGGCAGCAUGGGCGGAGGCGGGCCCGCAUUGGGCAUGGGCGCCGACGGCGCUGGCCUGGGUCUGCCAGCCAUGCCGCGCAGGAAAUCGGCCUACGAUGUGUUUGCGCCAGGUGUGAUGCAGGGCGCGGCGGCAGGUGCCACGCAGCUGCAGCGCUCGCCGUGUGAUGGCGGCGGUGGCAUUAUGCCGCCCGUUCAGCUGCCCGGCUCGCGGCGCCCCUCGUUCCGAAUGCCGCACCCCUCCGAGGACCUGCAGAACGAUGACUCGCCCAGCUCGCCGGACAAGGGCAGCCCCGUGCUGACGGUGGACGACGAUCGACGCAUGCGACGACGCGGCUCACAGCUACCGGAUAUAGCGGCCCUGCAGAAUCGCGGCGCAUUGCCGGCGGGCUUGCAGGCGGCAAUACCGCCACCGAUGGCCUCUUUUACGGGGCCCAAUUUGGAGGAUUUGGAGGCGCCACGAAGGCAAACGUCCAUGGAUGGCGAGGCCAUACGCAUUGUCAUACACGAUGUUGAUUCCGGUCCGAUAUGCGCAUCCAAGCGUCGCAUUGUCCUGCGCCGAGACCCCACGGACAAAGCACAUCGCACUCGAGGCUUUGGGAUGCGCGUCGUCGGUGGCAAGACCGGAGCUGAUGGGCGGCUAUUUGCCUACAUUGUCUGGACGGUGCCGGGCGGGCCGGCCGAGAAGAAUGGCCUACAGCAGGGCGACAAGAUACUCGAGUGGAAUGGUAUGUCGCUAAUUGAUCGCAGCUUUGAGGAGGUCUGCUCCAUCAUGGAUCGCACCGGGGACAUAGUGGAGCUGCUGGUGGAGCAUGCAACAGAUUUUCGCAUGUGCGACUUGUUCGACGAGAAUCUGCCACCCGGCAAUAGUGGCGGCCAGAGCGGGCCUAGGCGCUCCGGCGACGGUCCUGUAGGACUUGGACUUAUAGCGGGUAAGUGAAAGGCCAAUGCAAUUCUUGUAGCUAGUCCCACUUACUAAUCCUUCUCUCAACCGCAGGAGCAAAUUGCCCGGGAGAAAAUGGUCAGCGGCCGGGUGCAAAUACAGGUUUGGUAUCAUGCGGAGCGCAGCGAGCUGGUCGUAUCCCUAAUGGCUGCCGAUGAUCUGGCGCUGCGAGAUGAGGCAUAUGGGCAUGGCAAUUUGCCGGAGGCAUACGCCAAAGUUCGCAUUCUGCCCAAGUGCGGCGAUGGCAGCGUGCAGCAAACGGAGGUCAGCCGACCCACUCAGAAUCCCAUUUGGAAUGCUACACUAACCUUUGCCCAUGUGAAGGCCGACAGCUUGAUGGAUCGCUAUAUAGAUAUACAACUGUGGGAUCUGGUGCCGCACACAGAGUCCAUAUUUCUGGGCGAGUGCAACAUUGAGUUGCAGCAGGCGUUUCUCGAUGACCAGGCCAUCUGGUGCCGUCUGGAGGAUCCCAAGGGGCUGCGCGGCAUCAGCAUCAGCAAGUCGCCCAGCGUGUCGCCACGUGGCUCCAUUGCUGGCGCACAUUGUGGGGAUGUGUCACGUCUGAUCCGUCGGGACUACAAUACACAGCGCUCGAUGUCGGAUGAUGUGGACUCGAUUGGGGAUGGUGCGUCUUUGCUUCAUCCAGAUCAUGCUUGGAUAGCGGGCUCGCGACGCGGCUCAUCGCAGUCGGAAACGAUGGAGGUGGAGGUGUAUCAGCUGGGUAAGGACUUCUCGCGCUCAUUGCCGGGCUCGCGUCGUUCCAGUUUUCAGGAUGCCGAAAAGAAUCGGCUGGAAGAGGAUGCUAUGGCCACGCCGCCCACAUCCUAUCUUGUGGGCAGGCGUCGCUCCUCAGUGGCACGACGCGAUCCGGAUGAGAUCAUGAAGUCCUUAAAGGCUGUACGCGGCGAGCUGGGACGCACCAUGAGCCUGAACACCGAACAGCCCAAGCGCAUGGGCUCAAGACGUGCCAGCCGUGUCGGCCUACCCAGUGGUCCCAAUAGCCGCAAGAGCUCCAUACUGGAUCUGUCGCAGCAGCAACAGCAGCAGCUCCAACAGCUACAGCUGCAACAGUUGCAGCUGCAGCAGCAACAUCUGCCAGUUGGCAUUGGCACCACCGAGACCAGUCCACCGUCCGAUGAUGAAGAUAAACGCUUCAGACACCGCUGGAAGGGCUCGGGCACACAUCUGCCCCCGCAGAGCGCCAAGCAGGCAUUGUCCAGGCUAAAGCAGGCCGCCUCCGCCUCGAAUGUGGCGCAAGAUAAGCAGGGCCAGUUGCUCGGCAGCGGCCUGGGCGAUGCCAGUCAGCAGCAGACGCUACGCAAGGGCAGCAUGGUCAACUUGCGUGGACAGGACGCGCUCAGCGCUGCACAGCUGCAGCAGCAGCAGCGUAAAGGCAGCAUGUUUCAGUUGGGGGAAGCACACACCGCACAGUCCCAAUCGCAGUCGCUGCAGCGCAAGGGCAGCGUCUAUGUGCCAUCGUCCAGUGAAACGCCCCCAAUGGGCACGCCCACGCGCAAGGGCAGCGUCUAUCAGCGCACCAGCACAGAGAGCGGCGACAGUCCCCAACGCAAGGGCAGCGUCUAUCAACGCCCCAGCACAGACAGCGGCGACAGUCCACAGAGGAAGCAGAGCGUGGUGAAAACCCUGAGCGGCAGCUAUGUCAACGUCUCUGCCAUCACGGGCAGCGAGUCGAGCUACGGACUGAAGCUCGGCCCCUCCCAGAUACAUCCCAAGGGCUAUCGGCUGACCACGGCGCGCUAUGGCGAGCUUAAAAUGGGUUUUGUCAAAAUCAAAGGCAAUGUCGAGGUGGAGCUAAUUUGCGCACGGAAUAUUGUGAACGCCGACUGCGAGACGCCGCCGGAUACCUAUGUCAAGUGCUACAUCAAGGAUGGUGAGCGUUUGCGGCACAAGAAGAAGACGCGCGUAGUGCGGCACUCCGCAGAGCCAUUCUACAAGCAGACCAUCAAAUACCAGAGCGCUGAUGUCUUUGGCCGGAACAUAGUCAUCAUGGUUUGGCAGCGCUGCGUGGGCUUCGAGCACAAUCAGGGCCUGGGCGGCACGGAGGUGAAUCUGGACAAAGUGAACAUCGGACAGCAUAUCACUGGCUGGUAUCCGCUAUUCCCGAUGCACAGCUAUGGCGGCUCCGAUUCGGAUAAUUCUCCUUGACCGAACACGCGAAUGCGAGCGACAACAGAAACAAUAAAAUUGAAAUGCAUAACACCAAUAUUUAAUGAUAUGCUACUGCUUAAAGUAAAAGCUCAAUUUGUUAGUAUUUAAGCUGGCCAAUCAACCAUUUGUUGUUUAAUCAAAGUUUUAAUCCAAAGCAAGCACCAAAAGUCCCAAAUAUAUAUAGAGAUAUUUAUUGUAUGCCUCCUUCCCAAAUAGUUAUAGUAGUUAAAUGAGCUUGACAGCGUUUAUGGAUGUUUUAGAGUUGUGUAUAUGGGGUGAGAGCUUUGUAAGUACAGUUAGGUACAGUAAGGCAGCACUAUGGCAAACCGUUCGCAGCACAAUAAUUGAGAAUCGAGAGUACCAGAACAGAAAAUAGAAUACAAAAAAAAUAUAUACAUAUAAACAUAUAUAUAUUUUUUUGCUUGUUGUU